CAACCCUGCUCCCGCACGUUGACCGCACACUUCACCACGGCUCGAGGCUAUUCGCAUUACCGCCAAUCUUUACGACCGCAACUACGAAUACCUGGAACAUACUUUUUGACGCGCCUCUACUUGCGUUCGACCGUGCCCGGCUUCUUGCGCUCAUGCACGCGCUUUGACGCUACCACGCUACUACAACACCAAGAUCACCUCCAUCACACCGGACUCAAUGUCCACCAUCUUCGCGCGCUCCCCGCUCACAUCGCUACCCAUGGCCACAAAUCGACCCAGCACGCGACGACGAAGCGCGAAGCAAGCCUUCGACGAUGACGAUGCGCCCGCGCCAAAGAGGGUGAAGGCCGAAUUGAACGGCACCAGCAAGAAGGCCACCACCACAACAACGAAGAAGACUACCAAGGUCGCGUACGACGAGAACGACGAUGGCUUCCAGUUCUCGCGGCGCACAACGCGCAAGACCACAAAGGCGCAAGCUGUGCCUUUACAAGAAAGCAUACCUGAGGACAAGGUUGCAAAGCCGACGCGACGGAGGGAGAUCCUGCGCUCAUCGCCGGAACCAGCACCCGUAAAAGCGCCAGCACGACGCAAGAAAUCAAUCGCGACCGUUGAUCCGGAGUCUUCAGACACACAGAGUCGAAGACGCUCGGCGCGUAUAUCUGGCGACAGAAAUAACUUGGAAAUUCGGCAAAAAUCUGUAGAACCUCUUCUACCCAAGCGCACGGGCAGGAAGCCACCCGCAGAACCGCAGAAAAAGAAACAGAAGCAGGUCACUCCAACACCGGAAGAGCAACCAGCACAUGCGUUUGCAGGCGCACAAACACCGAAUCAGCAAGAUAUCAAUGCUGUGAAGGAGCGCGAUCCCAACGCGAAGCGCAUUAUGCUUCCUUUCGCGGACACACCGGUCAUUACACGGAACAAGGAGAUGCGCAAAGGCAAUAAGGAUGGGCACAGGCGGAGCAGCACAGGCCUGCGUGGCAGAAGGGCAAGCUCGCUGAUCGACAGCGGCAUGUCGAAUGCUUUACCACACUCAGCAAUCGAGGUCGCAGACUACUACAAGUACAUUGAGCAAAGCUUGCCCGAGCCAAGGCGAAUGAAACAGCUCCUCACAUGGUGCGGGUCACAGGCGCUGCGGGAAAAGCCAUCAGGCGAUGUUAAGAACGCCAAUGCCAUAAUGGCUGCACGAGCGAUACAACAGGAGCUUAUAGACGACUUUGCGAACCGACCAGAGCUAUCAGAUUGGUUCAGCAGAGAGGAGACAGCUGCACCGCCGGUUGUCAAGAAGCCGAAUCCAACGAACGAGAAGAACAAGAUCACACUGCAGGAAUUGGAAGAGGAAGUUAAAAGACUCGAAGAGGAGAAAGCCGCCUGGGAAAGCUUAGACAAAUUAGCACCAUCCAUGCCUCCACCAGCAGAUUCAUCGAACGACACACCGGCAGUCACACUGGCGGACAUUGACACAUCGCUUCUCGACCCAGCGCAAGCUCUGAUACUCUCGAAAUUACAACUUCCACCACCGCAGACCGAAGAGCAGCCACCUUCCACCGCCUCUACAUUUACGUUUACGACUCCCUCCGCACUACAUUCACAUCUCAGCAAACUCAGCCAAUCGCUCGAACCCAACAUCGACAUCUUCGCAGAUGGUGUACAUAAGAUCGAGCAGUACCGUAACACAGCCGAACGGGUCGCAGAUCGCGUACUCGGCACAGCAGCAAAGAGGUUGGAAGAACGUGACCGCGAGGUCAAGGAACGAGCUGGCGCGGACGGCAUCGGCGUUGGCGAUGUGCUGAGAGGAUUGGCGGGUGUCCUGGGAGAGUCGUGAGAGCAUAAUCAAUCUCAUCUUGAGAUUUUAUGCUCAUCAUUGACACUGAACUAGGCGAAAGCCGAACGAAACCCUGCCUGCCGUCCCCACAGAAUGGACACUUCCGAAGGUGCUCCCACCAGGGACCUACACAUUCGAAUUGGAGUCCGGUUUUCGCGAGUUUUGGACUGCCUGUAUGGCACGCUCGCCUUGCAGGUUGCGAGACUUGUAGUUGGACCAGCGACUGUCUCGGCGAACGGCGAACAGCGAACAGUGAUAAGAGCCAUGCUGGACAUCGAGAGACCAGACUUGCAGGCCGGGCGGAGGACCUUGCAGGACAGCUAACAGGACGCAUUGAAUGGAGAGAAGACGAACAAGCACAGCAGAUGCUAUCUUACGGACUUCAGGACCGAUAGUGUGUAUAUCAAGCAUGGUGUUGGGGAGGCAUUCGCUCAGCGAAUGUUUUGUGUUUUAGCGUUUACGACAGCUUCUUUGUACACAUCACCAAUCGACAAAUUCUC